AUGGUAGCCUUAUGGGGGAUGGAUGGAGUCGGAAAGACUACAAUGAUGAAGAAGCUGAAAGAGGUUAUGAUAGUAAAGAAAAUGUUUAAUAGUUAUGUUGAGGUGGUUAUAGGGGAAAAGACUGACCCCAUUGCUAUUCAGCAAGCUGUUGCACAGUACCAUGGUAUAAAUCUAAGCGAAACCACCAAACCAGCAAGAACUGAUAAGCUCCGUAAAUGGUUUGCAGACAAUUCAGAUGGAGGAAAGAAUAAGUUCCUGGUAAUACUGGACGAUGUAUGGCAACCGGUUGAUAUGGAAGAUAUUGGCUUAAGUCGUUUGCCAAAUCAAGGUGUCAUUUCAGGGUCUUGA